AUGCGUUCCAGUUCGCAAUUAAAACAAGAAGCUCUAGAAUACAAAUUCAAUGCCAACGUGCCGUUAAAAUUGUAUUUAACCACCUGCAUCAGUAUUGUGGAAGAAGCACAGAAAAGUGCGAGGUCUAACGACAUGGAAAGAGCAUAUCUACUUUACUUAAGAUAUUUGGAUCUGUGCCUAAACAAGCUGAUACAUCAUUCCGAAGUUAACACAACUGUGGAUUCACUGAACAGAAGGGAGUACUUGCAAUUACUGAAACUCGAAGUACCUGCUAUAAUGAAAAUCACUGAAGAAUUGAAGGGUAAAAUUGAUGCAAUUCACCAUUCUUUAGCUAGCAAUGUAGCAGUAUCGGCGUACACGAAGCCAUCAACGCGUCCACAGGCUGUGGUACCGUCUCGUACAGCCGUUGAGGAGGUGCAACUUCCAAGCACUUUUGAUGAGAAAAAAUUCAAUCAGUCAAUAAGAUGGUUCCACAACAAUCCCUCCAGAUUUUCUACGGCAACAGUGUCGUCGACGAAUGAAUAUCCAGAAUUGCCGGAACUCAACAUUUCACAUACCCAGCUUUCUCAUACUAUGCCUGCAUUGUAG